CUAUUCGCCAAACCAUACAAGCAAUUUUGUCGAGCAAAAUCUCCAACAAACAGCACUCAACUCUCUCAGAACUGGUGCUUGGGUCCUGAGUAGCUCUUUACCCUUGCUGACAUCGUCUAUGCCCAUGAGCUAGUCUAUUAUUAUCUGCAAGGGCCAAUAGAGGCCACGCGCUGGGCGCAGGAGCGAGCGGCCUAGCAAAAAUGGCAACAGAGGCAGCCGGGAAGCGCGUUAUAAAAAUUAAGCUAAAGCUUAAUGGGCAAACAGUUGCUCGCAUAGGCCCAGGCUACGCGGGUCCUGUAUCGCGUGAUGUCAAGGACACGAAAGCGGGCCUCCUCGCCCAAGCACAAAGGCGACAAGCGGCGCUUCGUGGCUACGUACCUCCAUCAGCGUCAGUGGAUGCGAUAGUCGCUCGCAUCCGGGACGGCGAGGGCUUCGCGCCUGGAGACGAGCUGCCGGCCUGGGACUUUUCGGUGCUGCUCCCGCCCUGCAGCCAGGAACGGCCAGCCAAGCGCUCACGGCUGGCUGAUGUUGCGGAUAUCCCCUGCACCUGCGGGGAACACGGGCCUGCGCCGUGUUCCGACAAGGCGCACGACCGCCAGGCCGUUCAGGCGGCUGCGGAGUGCAAGCCCGCGCAGCUGCCUGGGCGCCCCGACCCGUCGGCGACAGCGGGCGGCAGUGGUGAGAGCAACUCAGACCAGGCGACAACCAGCCAGGCAUACCUUCCGCUGUCCCCAGAGGACGGUGGGGAAGGCGCGGCGCGGGGAGCAACGGCGGGCGGGAUACCCAGGCCAAACGCCAGCAGCGCGUGCCAGUCAGCAUUGGCGUCCGCAGUUGCGCAACAAGGGAAACCGGCGGUGGCCGCUCAGCGGCAAGCUGCAGGACCGCCGGUUGCAGCAGGGCCAGGGAGAGGGACAGCAGGGGCUGAGAAAGCUGGCGCGGUCAAGGACGCAGCAGGUGCCUCUGCAGUGCCGCGCAGCGGCAGCGCGGUCAGAUCAUUGCUGCCUUCAACAAAAGUUGCAGCGGUGGCGGCAGCAGCUGCAGCUGACGGGCCGUCCAGCAGCGGGCGACCAGCACGCCCGCCAGGCGUGUCGGUGCAGACGCAGACCAGCGGGCGGGAAUUCCCAGUGCUGCCGCCGCUGUUCUUGGGGUUGAGCAGCCUCACCAGCCAGGCGGCGGCCUAUAACUCUAUAGGGCCCUUCGACCUGCAGCUGGAGCACGACGCGCGCGGUGGCGUGGGGCCGGCGGACGGGCGCAUUGAGGCGCACAUGCUGCAGGCACGGUCCACGAAGAAAGAGGGCGACGCGCUCAUGGCGCGGAAUGGCAACGUGUGGACGGUCAAGUCCAUGUCCAAAUACGUGAGCGGCGCGCUGAUGUACAUGGAGGCGGCGGACGCGCUGCAGCGCGACCACAAACACCACAGCAGCGCGGCCAGGGCGGCUAACUUGUACCGUGAAACCGCGGUGCUGCUCGCGCACGUGGCCAACAACGCGGACGGCAUUCGCGCCGCCGGCGUAGUGGGCAAGGAGGCGCUGCGCCUGCUGGCGGAGCGGCUGUGCGCGGUGUGCCUCAUGCGCCAGACAAUGCUAAUGUCGCACAGCUUCCGCAGCUGCGAGCAGAAGGCAAAGCUGGCGCUCAAGGAACACCAGAAGCAGCAGACGGCCGCGGCGGCGGCAGGGUCAGGCGGCGGGGCGAGCGUGGGCCAGCGGCCGUCGCCUGGGGACUCGAACACCUCCUCACUCCGCGCGGCAACGCACGGAGCCGGGGCGUUAGGCGCAGAUGGCGGUGGAGGCGGCGGCGGUGCGGGGUCUGGUGGGCUGGCGGGGUUCAACCCCGAGCAGGUGUCGGAGCUGCUGACGUAUGCCAAGACGACGUCCAAGUUCAGCGAGUACAUGAAGCGCUCUACGAAGGGCCUGCAGGACUUCAUGGACAGGUCGGACGUGCAGAGCGACCAGCAAGCCAAGCUAAUGUGCAUGCACCUGGCGGCGGUGUGCAUGGACAUGGGCAUGACGCCGGGCCUGCGCGUCAUCCACCACGCUCGCGAGGCGGUGCGCACACUGUGCGAGGACUUUGCGCGGUGAGGUGCCCAGGGGUUACAGGCGCCCCCUCGGUGCUGCUGGCGCGCGUGCCAAAGCACGACAGGCGGGAAUUGGAGCUCAAGGCGUGGAGUGUUCGAUGCGUGCAGCCGGCGCACGGAGCGCUGUGAGGAUGAGGGGUUGCUUGUCGUGUGCGUUGUAUGCCUUCUUAGAGCUUGAGGCUUGAAAGAAUGCUGGGCACUUGCGUGUUAGCGUGGCGUCAUAAAUGGGACUGACUGAAGACUCAGCCAAUGGCUGAGGCAGGGCCGGUGCAGCCAUCGGCAGGACGGCGCAUGCGCGUGCCGUCACGUUUGUACGUGCGACGUUGAUCGGCACAGGUGGCGGCAGCGCAGCGGACGAUCAGCUUGGAAAUGUUUAUUCUUGCGUGGCCGGGGCGAGACUGGACGCUGAUAAUGCGAGAGGCGCCCGCUGGCAUUACAAGGACAGGACGAGGGUAGCUUGUGUGAGGGUCAUCCAGUAUCGGAGGGGCGCACUCAGUCGUAUGAACUCGGGGGCUGUUGCCCCAUGGCAGCUUCGCAGCUCAGGUUCGAGUGUUCCGGGAGUGUCAAUGAAUGCGCCCGGCGGUGUUUCUUGCCGCCGUUGCGAUAGGUAUGUUCACGUUUUUUGACUACGAUGUUGGUGUCAUUGUGUGGCAUGUUGCGCAGGAGAAGGCGGGUGUGACGCAUCCCAGUCAGAUGCGCACUGAAAUGUGGGGAUGGGGCCUCAAGUCAAUAGACAUGAGAGUACUGCACGGUUGCAGAAGCACUAGAUGAAUGACAACACGUGCUCUGUAGAAAUGUAUCACGGCAAGGCGCGCAAGGAGUGCAUGGUAGGACUGCACUGACAGUACAAACCCUAAAGCGCGUUAUGCGCUACAGUUUACUAAGCAUGGUGUACAGUAGGACAUGCUAGACGGUACCUUGAUGGCAGUAGCAACACUGACACCCGGAUUUACUCGGACUGAACAGGGCCCAGCGACUGAUGCCCCGAUGUAACACUGUGAGUCU